CACGCGUUCUCAAAGUGUAAGCAUGACCUUUUGGGACAAUCUAUGGCGCUACUCUCCCAAUACUCAGCAACGGUUUCCUUGAAAGUAAAACCAAAAUCACCAUUGGUAUCUCUUCUUGGCAGCUCUGUUCAGAUAAAAAAGUCUAUUUCACUAAUAACGGUGCCUUCUUCUCUGUUCCCUGCCCGAUGUUACUCUGCUCUCUCUGAGCGGCCUAUUAGAUAUGCAGUUCUUGGUGCUGGCUAUGCCGGGCUGUCUGUGGUUUGGCAUUUGUUGCAGGACAGUCCCAAGGAGUCGCACCUUUUCAUUGAUAUAUAUGAUGAAGUUGGCAUUGGUGGGGGCGCAUCUGGAGUAUCUGGUGGACUUCUUCAUCCAUACUCUCCUAAAGUUAAGCUACUCUGGAGAGGAGAAGAGUGUUGGAAAGAGAGUUUAAAUCUCUUAAGGAUAGCUGAAGAUGCAAAAGUGUCCAAAUCAUUGUGCUUCAAAGAACAAGAAGAUCACGGUCAGAUGGGAAAUGACUUUAUGGUUAGAAGAAGUGGAAUUCUGAGGCCUGCACAUAGUGUGAAGAAUAUGGGCAUUAUGAUUGAUUAGAAUGCUCAGAAAGGCCUUCCAAGCUGUAGAAUAGAGAGAAUUGAUAAAGAAGGUGCACAUGAGCUGAUUCCAGGUUUAUUUGUGCCUCUAGACUUGGCCUUUCACAUGCCUGAAGCUCUCACUGUAAAUUCCCAAUGCUAUCUUAAGGCUCUCUACUCAGCAUGCCAAAUUUCUGCAACAGAAACUCCCAAUUCUGGCGGUGCACCUAAAGAGUUGCGCUUGCACAAAAAACCCAUCCGUCGUCUCCUAGAACUAGCAGAUCUUAAAUUAUCAAAGGGUUUGUUAUGGGACAUUUCUUUCAGGGGAGUAUGAUGCAGUGAUAAUAUGUCUUGGUGCUAGAGCAGCUUUUCUCCCAGAACUCUCUGGAAAGAUCCCGUUGCGGACAUGCAGGGGCAUCAUUGCACACCUGAAGGUUAAUGAUGACAUUAGAGACGGUUAUCUCGAGGACUCCCCCUCCAUAUUAUCAGAUGCAUGGAUUGCCUUUCAUGGCCCACAAAAUCUCCAAGUAGGUGCCACAUGGGACUGGAACUCGAGGAACUACUCAAGGGGGGUUUCUCGAGAGGAAGGGAAUAAAGCCAUAGAAGAGCUUCUGCAUCGUAAAGCUUCUGCAAUGUGUCCCGCCAUAAAGAAUCUGACUACUGUAAUGGGUAUGAGUGGAGGGUUAAGGGCAGUUCCCCCACUCACACCUCAAGGAUCACUUCCACUAUUGGGCUGUGUUGAUGAGCUUGUGUCCGGGAGUCAAACAGAUAAUAAGUUUUGGUUACUUACUGGGCUCGGUUCAAGGGGUUUGUUGUACCAUGGUUGGGUUGGCAAGUUGACGGCACAAUCCGUUCUUUCUCGUGACGAGGGGUUGAUCCCUUCUGAACUGAUUUCAUGGAAAAGCAUACUAUAGAGCAUUGUUUUUUUUUUUAUAAUUACAUUCAUGGAAAUGAUUGGCUUUCUAGUGUUUUGGAGUUAGGGGAAUGAGGAAAUAAAUUUUGAAAUAAAUGUGUGGCUUUCUUAA